AUGGGGUGCUUCGCCCUCGAACGCCCUGCUGCAAAACAUCAGGAGCUGAGCAAGUCAAUCGCACACUGUGGCAGAAGUGCGCAGUGGGCCAAAGCACUGCAACUUCUUUAUGCUGCAGAUCACUGUUGGCUGCAGCCAAACCACAUCAACUACUCUGCGGCCAUCAAUGCGUGUGCACAUGGUGGCCAGUGGGAGCAGGCUCUGGCACUGCUGCAGUCAAUGCACAGGAGGCAGCUGGAAAGGAACCUUAUCACUUACAGCGUCACCAUCAGUGCUUGCGAGAAAGGUGGAGCGUGGAGCGAAGCCAUGCAGCUGCUGGCUGAAGUGGAUCGGAGCCACCAAAAUGCGGACACCAUCAUCCUGAAUUCUGCAAUCAGCGCAUGUGAGAAGGGAGGUGCUUGGACCCAAGCCUUCAUUCUGCUGAAAGAGCUUCACGAGCGGAAGCUGCUCAUGGAUGUGAUCACUUUCAAUGCCACGAUCAGCGCCUGUGAGAAAGGGGGUCAAUGGCAGUUGGCCCUUGAAAUACUGCAGGAAGCUUUGCAAACCGUGCAGGCCAGCAUCAUUACCUUCAAUGCGGCACUCAGUGCUUGUGGGAAAGGUCAGCAGUGGCAGAUCUCUUGGGCUUUGCUGCAAGCAGCUCAGGAGAGCCACUUGGAAGCCAGCAUUGUCAGCUUCAGCGCUGCAAUUGCAGCGUGUGAAGCAGGAGGGCAAUGGGUGGGUGCAUUAGCGCUCUUGCACGAGCUGCGCAAUCAGAGGCUGCAGGCAAAUGUAGUUACGUGGAAUUCAGCCAUCAGUGCGUGCAGCAUCUCCGGGCAGUGGGAGCUGAGCCUGCACCUGUUGAAGCUCAUGCAGCGUGAUGAUCUCACAGCGGAUGUCUACAGCUACACUUCAGCCAUUGCUGCUUUUGGGGAAGUCGAUGAGCUUUGGGAGUCUAAGUGGCAACUGGCUUUGAGCCUAUUCAAGGAGCUUUGUUACACUCAGCGGCCCAGCAUUGUGAGCUUUGGCGCAGUGAUCAGUGCCUGUGAAAGAGGAGCGCAGUGGCAGAUUGCCUUGCGACUUUUGCAGGAAUUGCAGUCCAACCACCUCCAAUGCAGCAGUAUGGUGUGCAACGCUGCAUUGAGCGCAUGCGAGAAAGGCAGCCAGUGGCCAGAUGUGUUGCACUUGAUCUCGAACAUGCUUGGGCAACAACUUCAGGCAGAUGUGAUUACCUACAGCGCCGCAAUAAGCUCGUGCCAAAAGAGCCAAAAGUGGGGCAAAACACUGCAGCUCUUUCAGGAACUAUGCAGGGCCAACCUGCACCCGAACUCCAUCACCUUCUCUGCUGCCAUUUCUGCUUGCGAGAAGGGUCUUCAAUUUCAACAAGCUUCACGUCUUUAUAGAGAGAUGGAGCUCUAUGCUGUGGAGAAACCACUGCAAACCGGAUGA